AUGGCCCAGACAAAGCGCAGCAGCAGCUCCCUGCCCAAGCCCUAUGCCGAGGACAAGUCAAAGGGCCCCAUGCUGCGGUACCAGGAGUCGCUCCCCAAGCUGCCGGUCCCCACGCUCGAGGAGACGGCCAAGCGCUACCUCAAGACGCUGCACCCCCUGCUCUCCCAGUCCGAGUUUGAGAAGAGCCAAAAGGCCGUCCAGGAGUUCGUCAAGCCCGGCGGCGUGGGCCAGACGCUGCAGGAGAAGCUCGUGGCCAAGCGCGAGGACCCCAACACCAAGAACUGGAUCUACGAGUGGUGGAACGACGCCGCCUACCUGGCCUACCGCGACCCCGUCGUGCCCUACGUCAGCUACUUCUACUCCCACCGCGACGACCGCAAGCGACGCGAGCCCGCCAAGCGCGCCGCCGCCCUCACCACCGCCAUCCUCGACUUCAAGAGCCAGGUCGACGCCGGCACCCUCGAGCCCGAGUACAUGAAGAAGCUGCCCAUCUGCAUGGACAGCUACCAGUGGAUGUUCAACGCCAGCCGCGUCGCCGCCCACCCCAAGGACUACCCCGUCAAGUUCAGCCCGGACCAGAACAAGCACAUUGUCGUCAUCCGCAAGAACCAGUUCUUCAAGCUGCCCACAGAGGUCGACGGCAAGCAGCUCAACACCACCGAGCUUGAGACCCAGUUCAGGCGCAUCUACGAGCGCGCCGACCCCGUCGCCCCCGUCGGCGCCCUGACGUCCGAGAACCGCGACGUCUGGGCCGACGCGCGCCAGAUCCUCCUCGACGCCAGCCCCAAGAACAAGGCGGCCCUCGAGGCCAUUGAGUCCUCCUCCUUUGUCGUGUGCCUCGACGACGCGUCGCCCGUGACCCUCGAAGAGCGCGCCCACCAGUACUGGCACGGCGAUGGCGCCAACCGCUGGUUCGACAAGCCCCUGCAGUUCAUCAUCAACGAGAACGGCACCUCGGGCUUCAUGGGCGAGCACUCCAUGAUGGACGGCACGCCAACGCACCGUCUCAACGACUACGUCAACGACCUCAUCUUUGGCAACAAGCUCGACUUUGACGACCCCUCGGUCCGCUCCAACCUCGCCGCCCCCGAGGUCAUUCGCUUCGAGAUCACCCCCAAGGUCCAGGCCGAGAUUGAGCGCGCGCAGCGGGACUUUGUCGACCUCAUCGGCCAGCACCAGCUCGCCGUCCAGGCCUACCAGGGCUACGGCAAGGGCCUCAUCAAGAAGUUCAAGUGCUCCCCGGACGCCUACGUCCAGAUGCUGAUCCAGCUGGCCUACUACAAGAUGUACGGCCAGAACCGUCCCACGUACGAGUCCGCCGCCACCCGCCGCUUCCAGCUCGGCCGCACCGAGACCUGCCGCAGCGUCUCGGACGAGUCGACCGCCUGGUGCCGCUCGAUGCACGACCCCAACACCGACGACAAGGCCCGCGUCGACCUCUUCCGCAAGGCCGUCAACGCCCACAUUGAGUACAUUGCCUCGGCCUCCGAGGGCAAGGGCGUCGACAGGCAUCUGUUCGGCCUCAAGAAGCUCCUCGAGCCCGGCCAGGAGGUGCCCGCCAUCUACCAAGACCCGGCCUACGCCUACUCGAGCUCGUGGUACCUGUCCACCUCACAGCUCAGCUCCGAGUUCUUCAACGGCUACGGAUGGAGCCAGGUCAUUGAUGACGGUUUCGGCAUUGCGUACAUGAUCAACGAGAACAGCUUGAACAUGAACAUUGUGUCAAAGGGGCUCGGCAGCGACCGCAUGAGCUACUACCUGAACGAAGCCGCGGGCGAGAUGCGCGACCUGCUGAUGCCCACUGUCGAGGCGCCCAAGGCGAAACUAUAG